CGUCAGUCAGAUGGUCGACGUUUGGGUAAAAUCACGUUCAGUCCGGUGGUGAAAAUUUUCUGAAGAAGAGAGCAGCAGUAAUUUCGUGCGGCAGAGUCAGAGAAGAAACCCCCUUGGUGGUGUCGAGAAAAUUUUAAAGUCGCCGACUAUGUUAUCAAUUUGUAAACAGACCUCAUCGAGCCUCCAAAGGGUGUCGAUAAGAUGCCUGAGCUCGGUGGUUCAGGAUCCCAAGAUCCCGGACUUCCCUGUGAAGAACGAGCCAGUUUAUGGGUACAUGAAGGGAUCCCCUGAGCGCAAAGAGCUUGAGGAUGCUCUCAACAAGAUGUCCAAGGAAACCAGGGACGUGCCAAUCGUCAUCGGCGACAAGGAAUUCAAAACGGACAACGUCAAAUACCAGGUGAUGCCACAUAACCACAAGGAGAAGAUUGCCAAAUUCUACUACGCCGACCAGAAGCUGCUGCAGAAGGCUAUAGAGACCGCCGUCGAGACUCAGAAGAAAUGGGACAGGACUCCAAUUAGGGACAGAUUAAACAUUUGGGAGAAAGCUGCUUCCCUGAUGGCCGGCCGCUACCGUGCCCAGCUGAACGCAGCUACCAUGCUGGGACAGGCGAAGACCAUCAUCCAAGCCGAGAUCGACUCCGCCGCCGAGCUCAUCGAUUUCUUCAGAUUGAACGCCUUCUUCCUGAAGGAAGCCCACAAAUACCAGCCAAUUUCCGAAGAUGCCAAGGUGACCAAGAACAGCAUGCGCUACCGCGGUAUCGACGGUUUCAUCGCCGCUGUUUCGCCCUUCAACUUCACCGCCAUCGGCGGUAAUUUGGCCUACACUCCAGCUUUGAUCGGUAAUUCGGUUCUGUGGAAGCCCAGCGACACAGCUCUGUUAUCCAAUUGGAUUAUCUUCCAGAUCUGUAGGGAAGCCGGUCUUCCCCCAGGCGUUGUGAACUUUGUACCCGCCGACGGCCCCGUCUUCGGAGACACCAUCACCGCUUCCAAACAUCUAGCUGGUAUCAACUUUACCGGUUCAGUUCCCACUUUCACUCGCUUGUGGACGCAAGUUGGUAAGAACAUCAACAGCUACGUGAACUUCCCUCGUCUGAUCGGAGAAUGCGGUGGCAAGAACUACCACUUCGUUCAUCCAACCGCUGACCCAGUGAGCGUAGUUCACGGCACCAUCAGGAGUUCCUUCGAGUUCUGCGGCCAAAAGUGCAGCGCUUGCUCGAGGAUGUACGUCCCAGAAUCGCUCUGGCCAAAGAUCAAGGACGGUUUGAUCGAGAAAUGCAGCACGUUGAAGAUUGGCGAUGUCAUGGAAUUCGACUCGUUCACCUCCGCUGUCAUCGACGACAAAGCUUACAAACGCAUCAAGGGUUACAUCGACCAUGCCAAGAAUUCCAAGAACCUGAAGAUCAUCGCCGGAGGCAAAUGCGACGACUCCAAGGGCUACUUCAUCGAGCCAACGAUCGUCGUCAGCACCGACCCAUUGGACAAGAUCAUGACCGAGGAGAUCUUCGGCCCGGUGCUCUCCAUCUACGUCUACAAGGAUAGCGACGUCGAGAAGACUUUGAGCCUCGUCGGUAGUUCCACCGUUUUCGCUCUGACCGGAGCCGUUUUCGCAAAAGACCAAGCAUUCCUGAAGCAUGCUUUGGAAGAACUCAAGAUGACCGCUGGUAAUUUCUACAUCAACGACAAAUCGACUGGCAGUGUUGUAGGUCAACAACCAUUUGGUGGAUCCAGGAUGUCAGGUACAAACGAUAAGGCCGGUGGACCCCACUAUGUACUCCGCUGGGGAAAUCCUCAGGCCAUCAAAGAAACGUUCGUUCAGCUGAACGAGAUCGGUUACCCGUACAUGUCCCAAAAAUAAGUAUGGGUCCAGAUCCCAUCAAGUUACCUCAAUUUACACCGAUAAAUUUAAUUUUUAAAUUUAAAUAAUUGUUAUUUUUAAAUGAUUACUACUUUGCUCCGUUUUAA